GAGUACUGGAAAUUAAUACAAUGAUUCAUAAAUGUUUUUAUUUAGGAGAUAAGCUGUGUACUAAUGUUUGAUAUUUUUUUUUUAUUUUAAGAGGAGGAAUACAUGUCCGCUCUGACAUGCGAUGGAAUGAAGUUUCAGCAUAGGAAGUCAUAUUCAGGAAGUAGGAAGUUUUUUAUUUUUUGUGGGAAGGUUUCGUAAUACCAUUAGCAUGAUCAGAGCAAGUACAGAGCAGCUUGAGGAUUGGGGUAGGGUAAGGGAGGGGGGACGAGAAUAACUGGGAGGCACCACAGAACGCGUUGCUUCACUGAAGCUGCUGUAGUGCGGGACGAGAUGUGACGGAACUCUACUCUUCAUGGUAUUGAGUGCCCAUUAAGCAGAAUGGUGUCCUGCCAUUACAAGAUCCACUGAAAAUUUCACAUGUUACAUCUGACUAUCAUGUUAUUAACAAGAAAGAAGAGGACUACAUCCUUCACAAUUAUGCCAAGCUACAAAACUGCUUUAGUACUUGCUUCAGUCCUUCUCUGUAUCACUACCACUUCUGGAAAAAAUUAUGUCUCUCCUUUGAAUGUAGUUGAAACUUUCCCCAUAAAACAUGAUGUUCGAGCAUCCCUAAAUUCUUGUCCCUGCAAAAACAAAUUUCUUUGCAUGCCUCUUUCACAAGCCAAGAAUAAAUAUCCAACAGCACCACACGUCCUCAACUUCAUAAAAAAAUCGAACAAAACAGAGGUGUUUGCUUUUGUUGUGAAAUGUGAUGCUUCAGUGUGGGGAAAGUUUGACUGGUCCAAGCUCACAACUGUGGCUCUAGCCAACUUCUAUGAUGCCGAGUUAAUCUGUCAUGCCCACCAGCAUGGUGUUCGAGUGGUCAAACUAGGCAAUUUUCCAACAACUAAGCUUGGUAAUAUUACUGCUCGAAGGAAUUGGAUCAACAUACAGAUUAGUGAUGUUACCUUGAAAUUUCUUGAUGGAAUUAAUAUUGAUUAUGAAGAUGCCCUUGAUCCUUUCACUCCUGAGCAAUAUGGUCUGACAAGCCUGGUGAAGGAAACAGCAGAGGUCUUCCACACAGCAAUUCCAGGCUCACAGGUAUCAUUUGAUGUUGCUUGGUCAGCACGUGGAAUUGAUGGCCGCUACUACGAGUACAAGAAAAUUGCUGAUUACAGCGAUGUCAUCUUCAUUAUGGCCUAUGAUGAGCAGAGCCAGAUCCUAAAAGGUCCUUGUGCUGCUCGGCCAAACUCUGGGUUUUAUAAAACUGUACAAGGGAUGAUGACUUACUUGGACUUGGGCAUCCCCCCCACCAAAAUGAUUCUUGGGGUUCCUUGGUAUGGAUACACCUAUCCCUGUCUUCAGCUAGACAAGAACAAUACAUGCUACAUCAAGGAAGUGCCAUUCAGAGGUGUCAACUGUAGUGAUGCUGCGGGAAAAGAAUUGCCCUUCAGAGAAAUUUUGAACAUCCGCCAUUUGUACAAUGCAACAGACCACUGGGAUCAGAAUUCCCUCACUCCUUGGUUUAAUUUUAAGAGUAAGGAGGGACAGCAUCAAAUAUGGUAUGAUGAUGAAAGAAGCCUCCUCUACAAGUACAUGGUCGCCAUCGUCACAGGCUUCAGGGGGGUUGGCAUGUGGACAGCAAAUUUUCUAGAUUACUCUGAUACACCGGAGGCUAAGCUCCAACAAGAGCAUAUGUGGGGCCUGCUGCCUUGAGAUGACCCUUUCAACUUCUUGAAAUUCACCUAAGUGAAGAGAAUAGUUUGGCUGAAUGUGCUAAUGAGAGCAGCUGUGCAUCAUACAGUCUGGGGCAGGUACUUAUGCAUUACUUAAUAAACAGCUACUGCUUGAUUUUUAACUGUCAAACAAUGCUUAUGGUUUACUUCAGACUCAUCAUUACAGUGCAAAAUUAUGAAAGUAUUAAGCUAUAUACUUCUGUAUUAUUUUAAGGUUCAUCACAUUUAAUUCAUUUACACAGUGAUUUAGACUCUGUAUUCAGUUAUCCAAAGUAACACAAUGCCCAUACACAAAGUAAAAUACAAAAUUGUCUUGUAAGUGAAACUUAGCAAUAACAUCCCAGUAAUUAUUGAGAAUCUGGCUUGUAUAGUGGAAGUGCAUGUGGCUGCUAUUUUGUGGCUGUGCAUUCAAGCCCUGGUCCUAAGUCUUUUUAUCUGUCAGACAUUACUGCCCCUAUAAGCAAGGGGUAAGGAGGUGACCAAAUCAUCCCAAUUUUCCUGCUAAUGCAGCCAUAGUUUGGGCUGACUAAUGUCUCACAUGGGUGAAGAGGGGGCCAGAAGUGUCCAUCAUGCAUGUGACAAGUAGUUUGAGUGUUCACAAUUUCCUAUCGCUCCAACAGUCAUUGGCGACCUUUUACCUUCAAUGAAUUUUAUGGCCAUCCUGUGGUAUCAACCACAGCCAUUGUAAGAGCAAGGUGAAAUUACAGGACCAAGCUGUUCUGCCAGUUGCAAAAGAUAUGCUUUGUUUGGAUGGGCCAAAAAUGUGAACAUUAUAUAUUACUGGCAGAAAGAAACACGAGAUAGUGUCAAAGAGCAUCAUCUUCAGUCUUUCCCCAUCUAUCAGCAGCAGAAACAAGAUGAUAAUUCAGGUGAAUCUCCAUAAUUUAUCUGUGAUGUUACAGACUUCCAAUGGUUGAGGCAGGGCAGGUAAAAAUAUCCCAAAUAUGUAGCAAGAUCUUGAGACCAGCUGGAUGCCCUGGCAAAGACCUGAGGCAAGGGUGGAUGCACUAUGUGGUGACUGGAGUGUGGUACCUGGAUGUGUGGAGGCCUGCACAAGGCUGUGGAGGCCAGAGGGAGCUGCAGCCUGGAGGAAGACUGCAGGUGGGUAGAUGGCUGUGAAACCUCCAUACUGCUGGAGCCUCUGUAAGGUGUCCACUGUGUGCCUGAGGGCUGACCUGAGGAUGGAGUGCAUGAAGAAAUCCUGUGGCUGUAAGGAGUACCAGCUGCUUGGAAGUGCAGCUGAGGGGGACUCUUUGUCACAUCUUUAUAGUCUUCAUGUUGUGCUGUAAGUUGUGAGUUGUGCCUUCCUUCAUGCGUGUUCUGCGUGGAUAUCUGGGUGACUUGGUUCUCUGGAUGUGUGUGGGCAGUGUGUGCCACAUGCUUAUAAUUCUGUGCUCUGCUAGGUGAGUUCUUGUGUCUGGUGUCCUGUGUGUCAGGAGAUAAUUGUGUUCUGUUCUCUAGUUAUGAAAUAUAUGCCUGUGCUGUGCAUAUA